UUAGUACGAAAUUUUAAAGCUCUUUGUAUUUUCCAUCAAAAAAUUUACUAUAAAUAAAUAAUAAAAGAAAAAAGUAAAGUUUUAGCUAAUUUAAUCAAAAAUUUUACCAAUUAUGACAGAUAAAACUUUGAAGGAUGACAAACAUAGUGAACCAGAUGACGCCGCCGUUGAAUGUCUCAAGGAUGUUGACGAGUGGUCAUUUGAUGUUUUCACUUUUGCGGAUAAAACAGAAGACCAACCUCUGAAAUACUUAGCCCAGAGUCUCUUUGAUCGUUAUGGAAUUUUCCAAAAGUUUUCAAUUGAUCGGAAGGUUUUCGACAAUUUUAUAACUCGAAUUGAAGCAGGUUAUAAGCGUUUCAGUAAUCCUUAUCAUAACAAUGUCCACGCGGCAGAUGUCACUCAAACCUUACACUCGAUAUUUUGUAAAACCAGGCUCAACAAAUGGUUGACAGAUUUAGAAAUAUUUGCCUGUCUUCUGGCUGCAUUGAUUCAUGACUACGAACACACGGGAACAACCAAUGGCUUUCACGUCAUGACCAGGUCCGAUAGAGCCCUCAUUUAUAACGAUCGUUCAGUUCAGGAGAAUCAUCAUCUGAGUGCCUCAUUUCGUAUUCUUCGGGAAGAUGAAUGCAAUAUUUUAGCAAAAUUAUCCCGUGAUGAGUAUCGUCAAUUUAGGGGGUUCGUCAUUGAUUUGGUUCUUUCAACGGAUAUUGCCUUUCAUUUUCAAAUCCAAAAGGACAUACAGAGCCGUAUAAACUCAACCGAAUUGAAAAUCGACAAAUCUAAAGCAUUAGCUUUGGUCUUGCAUGCAUGUGACGUAUCAAGUCCAACGAAGAAUUGGAACCUUCACUAUCGAUGGUCAACUUUAAUUAUGACAGAAUUUUUCAAACAAGGAGAUCGUGAGAGAGAACUUGAGCUACCGAUUAGUCCACUCUGUGAUAAAUACGAAACAUUUAUUCCGGAAUCACAAAUCAAUUUUAUUGAAUUCAUAGUCAUACCUGUUUUCACAGUUUGUGGUGAAAUGAUAGAACUUAUAGUGAAAUCAUUAAUUGACAAAAAUAAUGAUGAGAAAAAUAAAAGUUGUGAUAUUACAAAAACAUGGAUGGAAGGUAUCACUGAAAAUAAGAAAAAGUGGCAAGAGAUAUCAAUGGAGGAUCGGUGUUUACCCAGUCAGAAAAAAAGGACUGCUUUUUGAAAAUUAUAAAUUAAAUAAUGUUUUCCUUUCUUGAAUAAAAUUGUAAAUAAUAAACACGUUUGAUACAUUUUUAAAACUUAUAAAACAUAAUAAAAUUUAAUUUAAUUUAACA